AUGCAAAUGCCACCUCCACCACCUUCAUCAUCGUCCGAUGGUGGUUAUUUAGGCAUUCCGGCUAUGUCAUCUCGUUUGAAAGCACUUGAAGAAAAAAUUAUACGUCAAAUUGGUCCACUUGAUUCUCCAACAACAACAACAGCAGCAACAACAACAAAUCGAACGACAAGUCGAACUACAAAUGCACAAACACGACCAAUACUAACUAAUCUAAAUGCUUCAUCACCAUCACGUGCAAGUUCAGCACCACCUAUACGUAAAGGUGUCUUUCAAUUACCACUUUCACCAAUUCAAUCAUCUACUAAUAAUACCAGUGAAUAUACACAAGCUAAAUAUCAAGAGGUGCACAAAAAUUCAGGUUUAUUACAUAUUAAUGGCGAGCAAAAACGUGUCGAUAGUAAAGAACUUAAAAAUAUAUCCAUACUUGGUUAUGGUUCAUGUGGACAAGUUUAUAAAAUGGAACAUAUACCAAGUAAAACUGAAUUAGCUGUUAAAAUUAUGCAUCGAACUGCAUCUGAUGAAGAAAAUAGAAGAAUUAUUAUGGAUUUAGAUGUUAUUAUUAAAAGUUAUAAUUUUCCAUAUAUUGUUAGAUGUGUUGGUUAUUUUAUUAAUUCUACGGAUGUUUGGAUAUGUAUGGAAUUAAUGGCAUCAUGUUUUGAUAAACUUCUUAAACUUAUUCAACAACCUAUGCCAGAAUCUAUUUUAGGCAAAUUAACAUUUGCUACAGUAACUGCAUUAAAUUAUUUGAAAGAAACACAUGGAAUUAUUCAUCGAGAUGUUAAACCAUCGAAUAUUUUAAUUGAUGAAUAUGGAGCAAUUAAACUUUGUGAUUUUGGUAUUAGUGGUGUACUUAUUGAAUCAAUGGCAAAAUCAAGAAAUGCUGGUUGUGCAGCUUAUAUGUCACCUGAACGUAUUGAACCAUCGGAUCCAACACGACCUGAUUAUGAUAUAAGAGCUGAUAUUUGGAGCUUAGGAAUUACACUUAUUGAACUUGCAACGAAUGCUUAUCCAUAUUCAAAUUGUCGAUCUGACUUUGAUGUUAUGUCACGUAUUGUAACUGAAGAUUCUCCUCAAUUACCUGCUCAUUUAUCAUUUUCUGAUAAUUUCCGAUCUUUUGUUAAUAUGUGUUUAAUUAAAAAUUAUAAACAAAGACCUAAAUAUGGUGAAUUAAUGCUUCAACCAUUUUUUAUACAAUCAUGUGAACAACCAGUUGAUGUUGCCGGCUGGUAUAAAGAUGUAACAACAGCGGCGAUAGAAAAACAACGCCGGUGA